CAUUUUAACAAAUCAUCUCUAUCUACAAAUUCCCCAAUUCUAAUCUCUCUCUCUCUCUCUCUCUCGCUCUCCACCCAAUCAACACAACAUGUCGGGAAGAGGCAAAGGCGGCAAGGGGCUGGGAAAGGGCGGAGCAAAGCGCCACAGGAAGGUCCUCCGUGACAAUAUCCAGGGGAUUACGAAGCCCGCCAUCCGCCGCCUGGCCAGAAGAGGCGGUGUUAAGCGAAUCUCCGGCCUCAUAUACGAGGAGACUCGCGGAGUGCUCAAGAUCUUUUUGGAGAAUGUGAUUCGCGAUGCCGUCACCUACACUGAGCACGCCAGAAGGAAGACUGUCACUGCCAUGGAUGUCGUCUAUGCUCUCAAGAGGCAGGGCAGGACGCUCUACGGUUUCGGUGGUUAAAUUUUUAGGGUUUUUUUCCCUUUACUGUUUUUUUUUUUUGGUUUAUUUUGGGAGUACAAGUCUUGCUGUCAAGAAAAAUUGUAGGGCAAAAGACGAAAUGUGGAAUUUUGAAAAUGUGAUGGCUGAUUUUAAUGAAUUUAAUUUUCCAAGCUA